GUAGUAUUGAUCAGUUGUGUAAUUUGAGUGGUCAGGAAGCAGUAUUCUAUCCGAACAGCGUUGCAGUCUCACGCGGAACAUAGUCUGAUUUUUCAGUAUGUGGACUAGGUAGCGCACGCAACAGAGUAUAAAGUCAUUGAUCUUUGAAAUAAUUUAGAAAUCAUCUACGAAUGCUAAAAAAAGAUGAUUCUGAAGUCCAGCCGCUAUCAAACGUUGUACCCGUAGCGCCCCCAAACGGAGCUUCAUGUACUUCUAAGCGGGGUUCACGUUACCACGAAAAGCCCCCCUACUAUCGGCCAUCGUGGGAAGCUAGCACCGCCGAUCGUCGCGUAUGACAGUGUGACCGAGACGCAGAAGCGAGAGGGCAAGAGUGUCUCGCCGCGGCGCGUGAAAUCACGUCGUCUCCAUCUAUUAAAACCAUCAACAACUUGACGGUCGCACUGUAAAAAAACAGGCCCGAAUCUCCAUGAUGUCAUCAUUACCGUUUCAACCAAUUCGAAACAAAGGUCUUAUAUCGAUAGAGUACGACUCAAUGUAUCACAUAGGCUUCACAAGCAAGCAAGACCUCCGAACUAUGUUCGGGGAUAUUCGCUUUGUCUGCUUGGGAGGAACUGCCCAUCGGAUGGAAAAAUUUGCCAGGCUGCUCGUUCGAGAGCUUCCUGUGAAACUUCCGACAGGUUGUGAUCUUUCUGACCUUUCUGCACACUCUCACCGGUACUCCAUGUUUAAGGCGGGUCCAGUACUUUGUGUUAAUCACGGAAUGGGGGCUCCUUCAGUUUCGAUCUUACUUCACGAGCUCUUUAAGCUGCUUCAUUACGCAGGCUGUCUUCAAGUGACCUUCAUACGGAUGGGCACCUGCGGAGGUUUAGGGGUCCCCCCGGGAACAAUUGUUGUCAGCAAAGAAGUUAUUAAUGAAUUUGGAGAGCCCAAUCAUACAUUUUCUAUACUUGGGAAACGUGAGGAUCGCCCGUGCUUCCUGUCGCAAGAGCUUGCUGAAGAAAUAAUUUCAGUGGGAAGAAGAAGCUACCCCUCUUUAAGUAUAAUUUCCGGCAAAACGAUGUGCACUAACGAUUUCUACGAAGGACAGGCCCGGCUUGAUGGAGCUUUUUGCCCUUAUACGAUGGAGUGUAAAAAAGCCUACCUUAAUGAAUUGCACAACAAAAACGGGGUAACAAAUAUCGAAAUGGAAAGUUCCCUCUUCUCAGCAAUGUGUCAUUAUGCUAAUGUGCCCGCGGCCAUAGUGUGUGUGACUCUUGUCGAGAGGCUGAAAGAAGAUCAGAUCAGAGAUGAAGGUACCGUCAGCCUUGCAGCAGCGCAAGAAAUGCUUCAAAAUGUUGUUCUUUCCUAUAUUAAGCAUAAGCUUCAAGGGCAGACCUGAGGCAGCAAUAAACGAACAGUUUUUCUUGACUUAAUUACAAUAAAUAUUAGGUUUUGCUUAGAAUCACAAAGAGUUCUCUAGACUCAGCUAUUAGUGGGUCAUAAUGAUUGAUUCUUAGACGACUGCUUAAAACCAGGUAUUCUGAAAAGUAUUUUUUGCUUAAAACCAGGUAUUCUGAAAAGUAUUUUUACGAAGGAAAGUUUAGGAGUGUAAGAUUCCUACACUUGUAUUUGUAUUGUUUAUUAAGUAGAGUAUAAUACAGUUUAUAGACCCUUGUAUAAAUGCAUCAGGGACAAGCAGCGCCUUGAGAUAAGAGGAGGCAACAGAGCAAUCUUUGAAUCCAAAGAUAUUAAAACAAGGGAUGUACAAACUGAGCCUCUAACUCAAGUUGUGCUAUGAUUAAGGAGCUUACGAUAACUGUAAAUGCAUUCCAAAUCCUUUUUACAGUUAAAAGAAAAAGGUGUUAGGUAAUAAAUGCCAGAUCUUUUAACCUGAUAUUGAGUCAUCGAAAGCUCUUGACAAUUUUUCUAGUUAAAUAGCGAAAGCUCUUGACAAUUUUUCUAGUUAAAUAGCUUUAAAGCCACAUAUUUUUUAUAAGGAGUCGUGCCGAGGCGUUAUCGGUAUCAUGAGAUCUGACAAUAGUCACUAUGUCAAACAUAUCGGAAUGCCGUUAUUCCGACACGCGAUGAAAGGCAAAAAUGCUGCCUUUCUUCUGCCCAAUUCUGCUACGAUUAAGGCACAAAUGCUGCUCAAAACCCAUAAACAAUGCGUGAUAUUCGAUCUGAUGGCGAAGGAAACGGGCAAGAAAUUGGGAUUUGUCGCUGUCGUUUUAGAAAUUUAGGGCAAAAGACGCGCCUCGUAGUGGUCAAGUAGCUACAAAACAAUCGACGAAACCAUAGCGACCGACACAUGAAUAGCCAUGACAUGUCAAGGAACUAAACGUCCAAUACCAAGUACUUCUAAAUCCUUUGAAGAAAACUAAUUACGCCAUCAAAAUUGACGCGGAAGACUACUCGAUCGUAUUUCCAGCUGCGAAGGUCUAGAAACGCAACGAAAUUGAGUCGAUUCUAAAACGAUCGAUCGUGCUAUUGAAAUAAAAAUGCAAAUGUAUUAAAUAAAACUACUUCACAAUCUGUGUCACU